AUGUCGAGUGAUCGUGCGCUGCGGGGAGUUGCGCGGGCAACCAGCGGUUCUGCUACAGUGCUUCCUAGCGGGGGUGAUAGUUCCGAUGAUCUGCGACCUGUGUCCAAGCGUUCGAGACGAGCUUUGAGUCUGUCUCCGCCUCGUAAUGCGGCCUGGGCCGACGUCGGGGAAUUUGAGGACUCCGGGAGUUCGUCUUCUGGGGAUGGUGAUGUGUGCGACGCUGUUGGAGUGCCUGCGGCUCCUGUGGGUCGUGUUGCAGCAGUGAAGGGUCCUGUGGUGGGAUUGUCGCCUGGCCCUGGUCCGGUGUCUUCUCCGGCUGCCUCCGCGUCACCGGAUGCUGGUUCCCCGGGUUGGGAGGUUGUGGCACCGGCCGAGAUUGCGAGAGAGGGUAGGGGCUUGGUGCCGGUUCUUACAAAUGCUUCUGUUCCGGCGGCCUCCGUGCCUCUGGUGUCCAUGUCUGUGCCUUCCACGCCUUUGCCCUCUGCUCAGUCAUCCAUUGUUACUCCGUCCCCUGUGGUGUCGGCCCCUGCACCAUCGCCCUCUGUGCUUGCGUCCCCUGUGACUCCGCCCGCUCAGUUGCCGGCCUGUGUCCAGCCGACUCCUGUGCUUCAGUCCCGUGUGGUUCCACCGUCUGUAUCAAAGCCCUCUGUGCGGCCUCUUCCCGUGCCUACCGCCCCCGAGGUGGAGGGAGCCGAGCUGGAGGUUCCUGACUUCAUGCGUCGCCCACGAGGGUCACGUAGUCACGUUAACGCGCCUAUGGAAAUGUGGGCACAGUGA